GGAGCACUCGCGCUCACCAGCGCUGCUGCACUUCUGUCGCGGAUGUGUUGACAUGGGGAGCGCGCUCAUAAACUGAACAUUCUCGCCCGCAGAAAAUGGGUGUCCUCUUUGGGAAGCACAAAAAAGUCAGCCGCGUGACGGAGCAAGACAAGGCCAUCCUGCAACUGAAGCAGCAAAGGGAUAAGAUCAAACAGUACCAGAAGAAAAUCCUUGGCAGCUUGGAGAACGAGCGCCAACUCGCACAAAAGCUCCUCCAUGAAGGUCGCAAAGAGAAAGCAAUGCUACUCCUCAAGAAGAAGCGGUUCAUGGAACAAAUGCUGGAGAAAACUGACGGGCAGCUGAGCAACCUGGAGAGAAUGGUCCAUGACAUCGAGUACACCCAAAUUGAAAUCCAAGUUGUUGAGGGCCUCAAGGUCGGGAACGAGUCGUUGAAGAAGCUCCACGAGGUGCUGUCAGUGGAGGCCAUAGAAACACUAUUGGACGAAACGCAGGAGGGUAUUGAGAAGCAAAAGGAGAUAGAUGACCUCCUCUCGGGCCAACUCACUGCCCAAGAUGACGAGGCUGUGCUGGCCGAGUUGGAGGCUCUGGUGUCUGAAGAAGAAGCCCGAGCCGUUCUCGACCUGCCCAGCGUGCCAGCGGAGAGCGGGGAGCCGCCCUUGCCCGACGUUCCCAGCAUCGCGGAAGCAGCAGGUCCACCUAAAAAGGUGCGGAAAGAACAGAAGACUGAAGCACUUGUUGCGUCCUAACCCAUGUCUGUACUGCUGCAACACUUUUUUUUAAACUGUACUGUACAGAUAUUUACAUAAAGAGAUGCCAACUAUUUAUAA